AUGUCAUCAGAUUUCUGGGCUGGAUACCUCAGCGGGGCCCUCGGGAUCAUUAUCGGCAAUCCGUUAGACGUGAUCAAAGUCCGGCUGCAAGCAGGCCACUCCCGAGAUGCAUCUUCAUCCUCGAAUCUAAGUCGUUUAGAGAGAGCGAGCUCUCUUGUUAGAGGCGUGGCUGCGCCAAUAUUGGGAUAUGGAGCUCUCAAUGCACUUCUCUUUGUGGCUUACAAUCGGUCUCUGAUGGCAAUGGAUAGCUCCAUUGCGGACCCCACCAACCCCGAGGGCGUUCCUUUGUACAAGCUUUGGAUUGCUGGUGCUGCUGGCGGCCUGGCAAGCUGGACUAUCUCCUCUCCCACCGAGUUCAUCAAGUGCCGAGCACAGCUGGACUCUCGCCCAGAGAUCUCGUCGUGGGCAAUUGCCAAGGAUAUCUAUCGCAGUCGUGGCUGGAGAGGACUGUAUUAUGGUGGAGGGAUUACGAGUGCACGAGAUUCGAUUGGAUAUGGCUUCUAUUUCUGGUCUUACGAACUUUGCAAACGAUUGAUGACAGCUGAGAAUGAAACAUCGCGGCAAGCUGGCUUUAAGAUUCUCCUCUGUGGUGGCAUUGCAGGCAUUGUCACCUGGGGCUCGAUCUUUCCGCUGGAUAUGAUCAAGACCAGACUACAAGCGCAGACAAUGCAUGACCACUCCUUUGCCCGAAUAUCUGGUGAAAACCAGACUCUACUACGACAUCCGCAGCGAGCCAUGAACACCAUUCAAAUCACCCAAGAGGUCUAUCGGACCGAGGGCAUGGGCGCUUUCUAUCGGGGUGUUGGGAUCUGCAGUGUUCGAGCAUUUAUCGUGAACGCAGUCCAGUGGGCGGCCUAUGAAUGGCUGAUGAAAAGCUUGAAUAGUUCAGGCGAAAUGGCUCCCGUGACUGGGAGUUUGUAG